AUAACAAUGGUCACGACCACACUCACGCCUUUUGCACUAGACGCCGAUCAGCAACCGGUUGGUUCCUUUUAGUAGAUCCGCAGCGUGUCUGAAUCGAGCAAGAUGACGAAGGGAAAGAAGUGGGUUCUGGAGAAGCAUUUCCAGGGAAUGCCCAAGAGGAGCGACAUGAAGAUCGUGGAGUUCGAUAUUCCGCCAAUCAAGGAUGGAUCGGUUCUGUUGGAAGCAGUCUACCUCAGUGUGGAUCCGUAUAUGAGACCGUACACAGCUAGAUUUCCAGCAGGGAUCACCAUGAUCGGCCAGCAGAUAGCAAAGGUAACCGAGAGCAAGAACGCCGAUUUCCCGGUCGGUACCAACGUGCUGACCAUGGCUGGCUGGGUCAGCCACUCCGUAUCCGAUGGCAAGGAGCUGAUCAAGAUCCCGCCUUAUCCGAAGGGAGUGCCGCUAUCUCUGGCAUUGGGAACACUGGGCAUGCCCGGCAUGACUGCGAACUACGGCUUCGUUGAUAUCUGUGCGCCCAAGGCUGGUGAGGUGGCCGUGGUCAGCGGUGCAGCUGGGGCAGUCGGUAACGUGGUGGGACAAAUAGCCAAAAUCAAGGGUUGUAAAGUCAUCGGCUUCGCCGGCUCGGAUGAGAAGGUGGCCUGGCUGAAGGAGCUUGGAUUCGACGAAGCCUUCAACUACAAGACCAUCAAGGAUCUGGACGCCACAUUGAAGUCUGUCGCUCCCAACGGCAUUGACUGUUACUUUGACAACGUCGGUGGAGAAUUUUCCAGCACCGUGCUUAGCAACAUGGCACGACUCGGACGCAUCUCUUGCUGCGGUGCUAUCUCGACGUACAACGAUACCAAACCACUCAUGUUACCCGCUGUGCAUGGAACCCUAGUCUUCAAGGAGAUCACAAUGAAAGGUUUCAUCAUUAGCACCUACAAAGACCGCUUCCCUGAAUGGAUAAAAGAACACGUCCAGUGGAUGACAGAGGGAAAGUUGAAAUACAAACAGCACGUCACCAAGGGAUUCGACAACAUGUUCGAUGCAUUCAUGGGGCUGUUCUCGGGAGCCAACACCGGCAAGGCCAUCGUUGAGGUCUAAGCAGUCGUACAGGCCUAUCGUCACUAAUAAACCAGUUGCAAUGAAGCUGAAGAUAAGCGAUAGAGUUACGAUGGUUUUGGAGUGAUUUCAGACGUUUUUGUCUUUCUUCAGUUUGCCUCGAGUUUGGGAAAUGAUGUAAAGUUCACUUUUGUGGUUUUACACGAUUAGAUGAAUCAACAUUGUUCCCUGUUCCUUGAAGGGCCAAACCUAACAUUGAUUCCUAAUUUCUGUUCUUAAUCUAGCAUUGUUUUCAGUUUGCUUUAGGCUUAAUAAUGUGGAAGAACUAUUCCAAGAUUAAAUGUGAAAUUUGUCAUACUCUCUUCAUGUAAUCUAGCCGUAAAUUUACCAUACAAUGAUCUGUAGUUUAGACGUUCUGUUCAAAAUUUAAUUUUGAUUAAUUGGCAUUAGAAUAUACAUCUAAGACGCAUAAUGCCAUCGAUAUGUCUAAAUACGAGAUAAUGCUAUAUCAAGAUGCUUUUAUAACGGUCAAUGUAUAAUGAAACUAUUAUUCUAGAUAAAACAUUUUAUUUUUCUUGGAGAAUGUGACAUGUAGUUCUACAUGCAUAGGCCUCAGCCAAUAAUGCUAUAGACUGUGUUCUCCUCCGCCACCAAAGAUUUAAUGCUGCAUAAUAUUUUUCACUAUGCACACGUUUAAUGACAAUCUGGUGUAGUUACAUCACAAAUGGGAGAAUCAUAUAUAAAGGACGUGAAGUGCAAAAUACAUAUUUUCGGUAAUUUCACUUCAUUUUGACAAUGUAGGGCCUAUACAGUACACCAUUGGGAGAGUUUUAAUGUUUUCAUAGGAAUAAAGUGAGAUGAAGAUAUGAUGUA